CCGGUAUUUCCAACCAGAACUUGAACGGAACCAUGAGUGUGAUCCGCAACGUCGCUAUCGCAGGAGCCUCUGGCGAUCUAGGCAAGGUCAUCCUGCGCGCCCUGACCGAGAGCAACCUCUUCGAAAUUACCGUUCUCACUCGCCACGAAUCCUCUGCCCAAUUCGCAGCCUCUGUCCGCGUCAUCCGCGUCGACUUCACCUCCGUCACGGAUCUAACCGCAGCGCUCGCGAAUCAAGAUGCCGUCGUCUCCGUCCUAAACAGCGAUGCCUUAGACACUCAACUCCCACUAAUCGAUGCCUCCCUCGCAGCCGGCGUGAAGCGAUUCAUCCCCUCCGAGUUCUCCGCCAAUAACGGGAACCCCAAGACCGCCACCUUGCCCGCCUACAAGGUCAAGAUCGCCGUGCACGAAAUCAUCCAGCGGCAUGCUCGCGAGAACCCUCAAUUCACAUAUACGGUGAUUCGAAACGGGCCGUUCCUGGACUGGUCUCUUGCCCUGGGUUUCUUCCUUACCUUGAAGCCAGCACCGGGGGGUUCGGGGGCUAUCACCACGCCGUUCUACGACGGCGGGGACCGUCCGUUUAGCACGUCGACGCUGGCUACUGUCGGGAAGGCAGUGGUGGGUGUUCUGCACCGGCUCGAGAAGACGACGAAUCGAGUGGUUUUCGUCCAUGAUCUGGUCACGACUCAGCGGAAGAUGCUUGCUAUUGCGCGCAAGAUCGCGCCGGAGCGGGAAUGGAACACUGUGCAUGUGAGCACGGCGGAUAUGGAGGCGAGAGCAAGGGAGAAUUAUGCGCAGGGCAAGGUGGAUAUACCAGCGUUGAUGGGUUGUUUCUGUCGUUCGGUCUUCGCGGAGGGAUAUGGAGGGGAGUUUGAGGAGGUGGAUAACCAGUUGCUUGGGAUUCCGGGGAAGAAUGAUGAGGAUUUGGAGGGGUUGAUUCGAGAUGCGUUGGAAAAGAGUGCCUAG